UCCUGCUGUUUUCCAUACUGCCUUUGGACUCGAGUAGCUUUCCCAUCAUCCGGCUACGUGGUUCAAGUCAUGACUCAACCACGAGUACUGUUCCCACCCAAAGGAAAAACUAUAUUUCAGCCAGCACCAUUUACCGCUUUUGCGGAUGACAGCGACUCAGAAGAUGAAAUUCCGAUAAACUUUGACAGAUUCGCGAUCAAUGAGAAGAUCGAAGACAGUAUCAAGAUCUGCCAUAAGUCUCUUAAGCGCGCGCGUGCUUCAAGUGGACUGCACUUCGAUAAUCCGGACCUGAAAACGGAACUCCAGCUGAGCGGAUUCAGCAAAUAUAGCAAUAGUGUCUUCCUGGAGGUCUCUCCGUCCGGUUUUGAGGGCGAGUCCACGAACGCGAUUACCCUGAGUAAGGAGAAAAAACCUGUCCUCGUGAUCCAGUUCAAGACACCCGCCAGACCACAGCAGCGAGGACUCGACGAGCCUGGUCCCUACUACUCCGAGCCCCAGAAGUACACACUGCAUGUUGCUAAGACAGGAGGGAAGACAGUCUCCGUCCCUGAGGACGUCCUUAAGCUCGAGCCUAACCAUCACUAUGGCUUCCGCAUUCGCUGGAGCACCAAGGUCACUAAGAUCUUGGUGAACUGCAAAGAAGUCGCUCGUGUAGACGAUCCUCUAACAGAGCUGAUGGAACCCUAUGACCUUACCGUGACCGACAACAUCUUCGUCAAGUCAGUACACGUUCCUUCGCGCUUCGCGCCAACAUUAGUCAAAGUUCCGUUCAAAGGAAACAUGCAGGUUGGUGACAGGAUCAACGUCUUCGGUGAACAGCGGCAGGUCAACGACGAAGAACAAAAGGGGUUACUGACACUCGGCGACGUCGUGGUGCCCUACGACGAAGACAACAAGAGAGGCAAGACUCGCAUCAUCAUACAACGCUUCAAAAAAAGCCUGGUAGCCUACAACAACGGCAAGGCUGUGGUCACGAGCCGAACACCCGAGAAGCUGAACACAGACGCUAACCUCCUCAUCCACGGCUCCCUGAAGCCCACAGGAAUUUGGAUCACACGAAUGGGAGGCCGGUGAAUUGAAGAUGCGUGGAAGAUCUGCUGCUCCUGACCCUGAACCGUCCCCGGAUAUGAGUGUUUUACUUCCUUCUUCUUUUCUUUUUUUUUUUUUUUUUUUGAACAACGUAUGGCCAAUAAAAGCCAUUUCCAUGACAA